UGAAUUGUGUUAAAUGAACCGGAGAAAUCAAAGAACAUGAUCCUCACAGUGCUGCUGGCUUUGUCCAGAUGACAGUGGGUUUGUUGAAGCAGGUCUAUAAUGGCAUCUUUACCUCCCAACUCCCCAGCGAUAAGCAAACAGCGGGGGGUCCUGAUAGUUGCUUGUUUUCUUACUCAGGUGGGCCAACAAGGACCAGGACCUUCAUGAUCUGGAAUGUCCAGGCAACAGGUCUCUAGUCGUUAGGGACUGAUGGGUGAGCUUUUUCGGUACCAGAACAGGACAGGAGGUCUUGUCAAGGUACCUCUGGUACAUGGAACUUCCUCAUGGGUCAUGUUGAAAUUUAAGAGGUGCUGAAGAAUCCCAAUCAGCUGUUCCACAAGACCUCUGGGCCUGAAAAUGUUUCAGCUGCCUCUUCUUCUAACUUCCUAGAGACAGAUAGGCAGGAGGGGGGUGAUGGGAGCACCAGCAUCCCAUGAUUUGGUUGAAGACAGUCAUGGAUGAUGCUGCUGCCCAAACACUGAGAUGGAACAUAAAACAUUUGAGAUCAGUUUGUUGGCUGACAGUGUCUUUUGUUGAACAGUUGAACUUGUUGAACAGUUCCUUCGGGUCACUGUUGAUCCAGGGUUUGUUUUUUGGGAGGCAUCUUGCUGUUCUGGUGAAGAUAGUGAUGUCCACACAGACGUUUAUACAUUCAGUCAGACAAUGGCAUUGAUGUCAUCCCCAUGAGGCUCUCAAGAGUACAUUCCAGUGUGUGGCCCCAAAACAACCCCACACAGCUGCUUCAGCUUCCCGUGACCAUCUUUUCAUGGUUCUGUCACAGAUUGUCUUUGAACAAGAAGUUUAUACACUGAGCAGAGAAAAACUAGAUUAUGAUCGGAUUUGCCAGAAGGUCUUGAAACUGAGGUAUGUGCAUCCUUUGCAUUUCCAUCAAACAAAUCCAACGUUGGAAUUGUGGCAUGUAUGGUUAGAAAGCUGGACAGAGAGAUGUUGGGGUCGGGAAUAUGAUCCUCUAGUAAUGUAUCAGUGAAACGAAUGAUACUGGCUUAUUUAUACACUGGUUGGGACCCUGUCAGUGCUUGAAGUUCAUCCAUUUUAUUUACCAGAAUCUUUAUGACCAGUGAUAGAGAUGGUUUAAAUGUAUUCCUCCUCUCUCUUUGCUUUGCUCCUGCUCUGCUUCCAUGGUGCCUCCUCUUAUACUCAUCUGGGAUUUGGGUCACAGUUACAGAAAUAUUAUUUCCAGCUACACAGUAUUCAAUACCAGAAGCAUUGUUUGAACCAGGAAAACUAAGAAGAAAACUGCAGGUGAGAAAUUCCAACAAUCUGCCACAUUGUACAGUGCUAUUCUAGAAUUCUAAUGCCAGUGCUGUAAUUUGCAACCCCAGGGGGUAUUAAUGGGACAUUACUGGAAUAUUUGGAUUUGACAGAGCUCAUUGUCUUUGAGAUAAUGUGUAAGCAGUUUCUGCAACAAAUCGAAAGACACACUUAACAAGAAACGACACAAGAAACAAAACCCAUCAUUAUCAUCUGUUAAUAUAUGGAAAGUGCAUAUUCAGGCAUUGUAGACAGAACCAUAAAUAGUCAUGCCUAGAUAUAAACCUGUUCAUUUAAGGCUUUUAGUUUGACCCAACAAUGAUGUAGAUUUAGGGGAGAGUAUCUGCUUACAAAGCAUCAUGAUGUAUGAACUGAACCCAGUUCUGCUUGUAUGUGUGUGUUAGUUGAUUAGCAUAUUUAUUUGUAUAGAGUGAGAGUUGGGGUGAACCCAGGCUUCAGCCCAUGAUGUUCAGCAGAUUCCUCCGUCUUUCUUUGUAGCCAGCAGGCUCGUUUCUAGGGCAACACGGAGGGUACCAAUCACAGGGAUGCCUGUUGUGUGUGUGUGCGUGCGUGCGUGUGUGUGGGGGAAGAGCUGGCAGAGAGGAAACACAACCUUCCUGUAGUUGUGAUGUCCUCAGAUUGCAUCACCAAUAUUAACAUCAGAUCACAAUCUGGUCUGCUGACAAAAAAGAAAACACAUUUUAUUCCUUAAACAGUGAUUCAAAAAUAGCUCAUUAAAAGUGUUCAAUUUAUUACUUCCACACUGUGAUUUCAGAAAAUGCAAAGGACUCAAACAACACACUGUGUGAACUAAAUAUGAUCAAAUCUUGAUAGUAACCCCUGUCACACAUACAUGGUGGAAGAUGCUAAAAUGCAUGACUUGUUGCUGUAGCAGCAUCACAUCAGACUGAUCAGCCGGAGGUAUCAGAGCAACAGUGAGUGGACACGUUUUAUGUCUAAAUGCACUUUUUCUAGUGUCACACUUAUGAUGUGCUCCUGGCUGGACAAGAGGAGAUAACUCACACUGCAUGAUCAAAACUGUGUUUUUUACAAUUUACUACAGCGAAUUAAAGGUUUUGUCUAAGAGGGCUGAUAAUUACACGGUGUGAACUCUGCUUAGGCCCUCAAAGAACAAUACAAAUCGGAAGUGGCCAGGAAAACCCAAUUAGUCUGUUUUCCGUUCUGCAGAUGGAGUGCAGUAAAACUGCCUAGCAACACUAAAACAUCUGCAGCACCCCUGGUAUAACCACCAUCAACUUUAAAGUGCUGUCUAGUUAUAAAACGGUCACAGUUUUAAUAUUGCUGCUGAACUGAUUGAUAGAUUUAGAAGGUCUGUACAACAUGUUCAGCUAAUAUUUAAAUAUUACAACAUCUUCCCCUAACUAACCUUUUGUAGCUAGAUAUUGUGUCUUUUUUCUCCAUGGCAGUUUUGUCUACAUACACAUACAUGUGCAGUUUUGUUUUGUUUUUUUUCCUCGCCAUCUUGUUUUAUUGUAAUUUGUUUGUCCCAACCCUCUGUGUUUUGAUACCAGCUCUUGCAAAGAGGAAUCCCGUCAUCCAGGUGGCGUGGCUGGGAGGUUGCAGAGGGGCGGGGUGUUGCAAACCAAAUUCCUAAGCCUCCCUGAGAGGAUGCGGGAAGAAACGCACAACACCCCCACCUUCUCUGCUGCAACAUCGCAAGGGAGGAACAAUAACCUGAGAGGAGAGGAGACACCGCAGUCUGUCCUCAUUCAUUCUUUGUAGGUUUUUGCGGAGCAGCAGGAGGUGUAAGCAGCUCUGUGGAGAAGGCAGGGAGGGAGGCCGACAGAGGGAAGAUGUCCUCCCCGCAGGUCUCCUCAUCCCGCAGACAGUCGUGCUAUUUGUGCGACCUGCCCCGCAUGCCCUGGGCCAUGAUAUGGGACUUCACCGAGCCCGUGUGUCGGGGCUGCGUCAACUACGAGGGCGCGGACCGGAUCGAGUUCGUCAUCGAGACGGCCCGCCAUCUGAAGCGGGCUCAGGGCUUCCAGGACAGCCGGUCCUCUGCAGGCGGACUGCCGGCGCAGCAGCAGUCCGCUGCAGCGAAGAGCCAGUCGGUUUUACUGAGUGGGAAGGAACCUCUGGGACAGCUAAACCACUACACGGCGGACGGACAGGGAAAGUCUCAGCAGCCCGGUUUGGACCGAUACACUCAGGUAGCGGAUAGCCGGGCUCGGUUUGACUACUCAGUGCACAGCAGUAGCAGUAGGCCGCCCAAUGGAUUCGGUGGGCUGAACGGCUUUAAAGCAGACGACGGACCCCCUGAGCUGAACCGACAAAGUCCAAACUCCCGGAGCAAAAGCAACGGUGGCCUGGUCUCCGUACCGGCCCAGAUGACUGUACCUCCAAACCUCAUGCCUCAGACUGGAAUGAACGGACCGACCUCGCAUACCUUGGCGGGCAGACCCCCUACCAGCUCCAUGGUGGUCGCCUCUUUGCCGGGCCAGGUGGGGCACUCCGAACUGAGUGGAAAGCGACCCGCCUCCGUGUCAAGCACAGACCAGGAGCGGGAGAUGAAAGACAAGCAGCGGAACGCGGACGCUCUGGCUGAGCUAAGCGAGAGCCUCCGGAGCCGACAGGAAGAGUGGGCAAGUAAGCCCAAAGCUGUGCGGGAAACACUGGUCCUCCUCUCCGGGUGCACACCGUUUGAUGUCCGCUUCAAAAAGGACCAUGGUCUGGUCGGUAGAGUGUUCGCUUUCGACGCUGUUUCCAAAACCGGUAUGGACUACGAGCUUAAGAUCUUUAUUGAGUACCCGUGUGGCUCCGGGAAUGUGUUCUCCAGCGCCUCGGGGGUCGCUAAGCAGAUGUAUCAGGACUGCAUGAAGGACUUCGGCAGAGGUCUGUCUUCUGGGUUUAAGUAUCUGGAGUACGAGAAGAAGCAUGGAUCCGGGGACUGGCGCCUACUCGGGGACUUAUUACCGGAAUCCUUGCGGUUUUUUAAAGAUGCUGUGGGCGAGGACAUGCUACCACAUCCUUACAUUGACGGCAGCUACCCGCUGCUGCCAACAUCACUUGUGCUUCCAGGUCGAGCUUCGGGUUCUGGCAGCGGGGGCAGCACUCCCAGGGCCGCGGCGAGGAAGAGGAAAGCCUCCCCGGAGCCGGACUCUGCUGAGGGCAGUGUGAAGUUGACAGAGGAGCAACAAAGGCAGCAGUGGAUCAACAGCCAAGCUGAAGCUCUUAAACUCUCGAUGGCUGUGGGCUCGUUUGCUGGGCCACCACCACCGCUGACCCCGGGACAUCCCAGUGUCCCGUCCGGCCGCACCACACCCCCAGAUGCUGCGGCACCUCAGAACAGGCAGUCCCCGAUGGCCGCGCUCUUGUCAGUGGCCGACACGCUCGGGAACGCGUACUCACCCAGUAAGGACAGAGACUCGGUUCACUCAACCACUUCCUCAUCUAGACACAAUAGCAGCAGUCCAGUGUCUCCCCCCUCCGUAUCCGGCCAGAGGCGCCUCUCGUCACGCAACGGAGAAACCGGGCUGUCCGCACCGUCGCAGUCCACCGGUGCCAUGGACCAGGUGCCGUCUCAGAGCGUGCCCGAUUCACCGAUGGCCAACAGCGGACCUCUGUGCUGCACUAUCUGCCACGAACGCUUAGAGGACACCCAUUUUGUUCAAUGUCCCUCCGUCCCCAACCACAAGUUCUGCUUCCCGUGCUCCAGAGAGAGCAUUAAGGCCCAGGGGGCGUCUGGGGAGGUGUACUGUCCCAGCGGGGACAAAUGUCCCUUGUUGGGCUCCAACGUGCCCUGGGCUUUCAUGCAGGGGGAGAUAGCUACCAUCCUGGCUGGUGAUGUGAAGGUUAAGAAGGAAAGGGACCCCUAAGGAGAUUGAGGGGUCCCUUAAUGUCAACCUUUUUGCGAGACAAAAACAAAGAAAAAAAAGAAACACAUAUCAUGACCACACAGUGGUUCUGCUGCUGAGCCUCAAAACCCCUUUUCUAUGUGAUUGGUGGAAGAUCGUAUAUAAAAAAAAAUCAGAUUGCCCCUAAUUCUUAGAUCAAAACAUUUUAAGUUGUUUAAUGCAGUUGCAUCUCUGACAGUUUUAUUAGAUGGCAUAAUAAUUAGUUUUGCUAUCAUAAUUAAAAUAACUUUGUAGGGUGGAAUCGUUGUUUGAAUGAUACCUGUGUGUUAUUGUGUUAUUUAUGUCACAUUUUGUUCUACUGAAUCUGAUGAAAGGAAAGAAAAUUCAUCAGGUAUUUAAACAUAAAUAAAUAGUGGUUAAAACACUGCAUACCAAUGAAUGAAAGUGCAUUAAUUAUUUUUAUCAUGUCAUAUAGAACAUUUGGAGAACACCUGAUUUAUUGGUCUUAAAUACACUGAACAGAUUUCCUGUUUUAAAUGUGGUGUUUGUACUUUUUAUGCAGUGAAGGACCUAUAAAAGCUUCAACUACUUUGUAUACUUGUUAAUAACGUAUAUAAAGAGUGCUUGGAUGUUUAGAAUACAGUAUUAAAAAUAAAGGUGGAAUUUGAUAGUGAA